GAAAAAGCGACGGACGGACGGAGAUGGAGGAAGAACAACAACUCCGGUCGGGGAAGUACACUUGGGUGAUCGACAGCUUCUCCGAGAAGAAGAACAAGCCCAAGUUCUUCUCUGAUGCGUUUACUGUUGGAGGCUGCAAAUGCAACUGCAGCAACGUCGGACUGUAGGGGAACUUCCUGGACACGAAUAGAUCUAUCUAUAGAUAUAGAUAGAUGAUGGAUUUCUUUGUUUAUUGGAGCAGGCGAAUAGUUAUUUAUCCCAAGGGUAACGGCGUGGGCAUCCCAGAUCAUUUGUCAAUGUUCUUAGAGGUUGCUGAUGCUGCAACAUUGCCUGAUGGAUGGUGCAGAGAUGCCAAGUUCGCAUUCACUUUAGUUGAUCAGGACAGCAAAGUCGGCUCAACAACAAAGAGUUGGCGAAACAAAUUCACCGCAGAAUCUAGCCGUUGGGGGUUCAUGCAAUUCAUGCGUCUGACCAAGCUUCAUGAUAACACUAAAGGUUAUGUGGUUCAUGACGCCGUGGUUGUUGAAGUUGAGAUAACUCUCCACGAGGUUGUUCCGUUGGUCGAGUUAGCCACACAAGUGAACACCCUUGGCACUUAUUUCAGCCGUUUUUCUGAUUAUUUUACUACUACUGGGACCCCUCAUUUGGAAGAAGGAUCAGCUUCGAAUAGGCAGACCAUUGAUUUGGCUUCUGAUGCUCCGAGCUCAGAUGAUAUAGAGAAGGCCAAACGCUCCUUGAAGGAAUGCCUGUCCGAUCUCUUUAAGUUGAACAUGAAAGAUAGGCUUUCUUCAGCCCUGUCGAUCUUAAGCCAUGCCCGAGCUGGGUUAUCUACUGAUCAGAAGAGAUCGAUCAAGAAAUUUAAGGCCAACUUUGACGAUUUUGUGUGCGACUUCUUAAACUUUGAACAAGACAAUUCCGAUUUUGAGCUGCAGAAAAUCACAAGGGACCAUAUAUAUUCUGCAAUGAAGAGGAAUCACGAGACUCACCUGUCACACCAGCAAUUGUUCGAUAGCAUAACCAUGGAAAAGGAAGAGCUCAACAAGAGACUGAAGGAACUGAGCUUCAGAGAGACAAAGCUGGUGGAUGACUGGGAAACUCUGAUGAACGAAUCGGAGGAAGUGAAAUCGAGAUAUGCUAUUCAGGAGAGGAUGCUGGCACAGGCAGAGGAGAAGAAGAAAAUAGCUGAAGAAAGGAUGUCUCGAUCGACCAGUGCUUGGUCCAGUCUGAAGGAACAAUUCCUAUAAACUUUCAGCUUGCCAAGUGAAAGUGGCUGAGAAGCUGCAAGAACAUUAACUGCUUUGUGUUGCACCGGAGGAUAUGACUGAUAUUCGAAAUGCUGUCUUUAGAAAUAAUGUUCCUCUCCAUGUUGCGAAGCACUUGGCCCUGCCCUAACUAUAUUCUUUAUCCACGAGUGUUGGCCAUAUAUAUAUAUAUAUAUAUAUAUAUUCAUUUAUCUCCAAUUGAUUUUGUUGAAGAGAAGUGUCAAGAGGAUGCGCGUCCCUUGUGUUUUGAGGUCACCGAGAGAACUGCUCGUGGAUUUGCAGGUCAGUGGGCAUGGGAAAGACUGAUUGAUGCCUAGUACUAUUAUGUUUGAUCGACGGUCGAUGCAAUGAGUUCUACGAACUUCAACAGGACCAAAAGGACAGACUAGGCAAAUGAAGUGAUUUUUAUACUUUUUUUUCUGAGCACCGCUGCCUUCAGUUUUAUACCAUACUGAUAUUCGAUAUGCAGUGACUGUUGAUUGCACUCGAAAUAUCUGAUGAAAGUAUACUUGGUGUUUAGGUUAAGAUUUCAGCUGGUGUCUUCAACAACACAGGCCUUGCAAUAGAACUUGUAAAUUUCGGGAAUAAUUGUACGAGCUCUUAUUUCGACAGUCAAAGCCAGCAAAGAUGCAUUUCUGAA